AUGGAGGAAGGUUGUUUUACGUUUAUUUGGAAAAUUAAUUGUUUCAACGAACUUGUUUCGCGACACCCCAAUGGUACCUUUUUUUAUAGUGAAAGGUUUUGGUCACCCAGAGGAAAUACUGGAAAGUGUAUUAUUUUAAACAUUGCCAAUCAACGAAAUGUCAAUAAUAAUAAUAGUAUCGAUUAUUUAUGGAGACUAAAAUUAUUUCCUAAUGGUGUUGACAAAAAAUCAGCAGAAUUUAUUUCACUUUAUCUUGAAGCAAUACAAACUCAAUACGAAAGACAGAAUGGUAUAAUUGGUAGACACAAAAAAUUUAGAUUAGCUUUAUAUCGUUUGGGAAGAGAACAAUUAAAUACCAUCCAAGAACCAAAUCUCAUAAUUGAUCGACAUAUAUUAGAAACAAAUUUUGAAUUUAAUGGAGUGAAUGCGGAUUAUGGAUUUGCCAGAAUAAUUAGUCUUAAAGAUUUAUAUCCCAAUGAAUCAUAUUUACCAAAUUUACCUGAGAUGGAUUUAAUGGUACGAGCUGAAAUAUUUGAUGAUUUAACGACGACAACGACAACAACAAUGACACAUGGGGAAGGUUCAAGUUUAAUGAAUGUUAUACCAGAAUAUUAUAUAAAUUCACUUUUACCUUUUGAACGAUUUUUCAGUGAAAAUCUUUUUUGUGAUGUGGAAUUUUUAUUUGAUUGUGGUUCAAAUUUAAAAGCUCAUCGAGUUAUUUUAGCUGCCAGAUCUGAAUAUUUUGAAAGAUUAUUAGGUGGAGAAUGGUUAGAAGGACAUAUGAAAACUAUUACCAUAAAAGAUAUGCCAUAUCUCGCAUUUAGAUGUAUUGUAUAUCAUCUUUACACGGGAAAACUUGAAGAUGGUUUAAAUUUUGAUCUUUUAAAAGAUGUUUAUUCCAAAGCUGAUAUGUUAAAUAUAAAUGAAUUAACUUUUAUG